AAAACUUACUUCUCUCAGCUUGAGUCUUUUUUUUUUUUUUUCGCAGUCGUGGAAGUGACCGAAGGCAACACGACCACAAUUGAAGGGAGAAUUAUAGAGGAUGCUGAGGUGCCAACUCCUCCUAACCCCUCUGGCCAGUGUCCCAUCUGUCGCUGGAACCUGAAGCAUAAGUACGAUUACGUGGACGUCUUGCUGUUGAGUCAGUUCAUCCGUUCUGAUGGAGGAAUGCUGCCACGGAGGAUCACAGGCCUCUGUCUGGAGGAGCACAAGAAGAUUGCGGUCUGCGUGCAGAUGGCUCACCGAGCAGGUUUGUUGCCAAACCACAGGCCUCUGCUUCCUGAAGGGCAUGUUCCCAAGAAACCCAAGCUUAACAGGUAUCUUACCCGCUGGUCCGUCAGAUCUGCAAAGCCCAUCUGGAAGAGGGGCCCUAAAUGGUGCAAAAUUCCCAUGCCAGUUGGACACCCUAUACUAAAGGAUAAUGUCAAAUAUACACACAAGCCUAUCUAUUUAAACCACUAGGGCCCAAUGGAACUGGCACAGAUGGUGAGCACAGCUGUUUUACACUGCUCUGCCCUUUUUGCAAGUUUGUCAGUACCCACAAUUUCCUUAUUCCAAAACUCUCAUUAGUAUCCUGUAUUAUCUCCAGUGAAUGAGCAGUGAUCUGCUCAUCUCGGAGAAAACAAGAGCAGAGCAAAAUUUAACAUGCAGAAGGAUUUGGAGGCAGCAGGGGACUUUUACCUAAAAGCCAGAAAGAAUCUGAUGAUUUGUAUGUAUUUCAUUAUGGUCCAGUAAUGAGUUUGGAGAAGGUUGUUUCCUCCUUUUUCUAGCAGCAAAUGGUGAUUCUCCAUUUAUGCGUGCAUUGACUCAGAUUUGCCUUGUGGGGCUUUUGUACUUGAGACAAUGAGGGGAGAAAAAGCCUCAUGCAGCUCAGUGCUUCCUUGGCAGUGAUGCAACGUAUGUUAAUCACUACUGAAGUAAAAUAUUUUUAUUAUCUGAACUAUCUAUAAUUUGAAGCAGAACACCUGUGGCAGUGGUUUCAGGUGUUUGGUGGCAUGUGUGCAUUUUACAUGCCCUCUCAAGGAUUCCUGGCUUGUGCUUCACUCCUGGAUCUAACAAAUACAGAUUGUUGACAUCUUUAA